UGCUCAUUGUUUAGACGCCAAGGUUUACACUUGAUAGCAUAAAAAGAACUUGAAUUCAUUUUUAGUUUUCAAAAACCUCGCAUUCGUACAAUAGUAGUCUAAACCAAUAUGAUUAUUCGUACCCGGAAAACUAGUGGACUCAAAUGCAUCAUAUUGAUUAUCAUCGAUUCCUCGGGUUGCGGAGAUUUCGUGAUACCUGCAGAAUUUGUUAGUUCUAUGUCGUUUGCUAUCAACGUGGUCGGGUCAUUUGGAAUAGCUGUUCCUUUUGGUGUAGUUGCUUCCGUUGCAAAAGCGUGGUCCGACUUGGACUACUUAUGUCAUAGCAACGAUAAAAACUACUUAUGGAGUUUCCCACUAGUCUUCAAAAGCUCUACAUCGGACAAGGGGAAUCUUUUGGCUCGUCAAGGGCAAGGGUCGAUAGAGGCUCCUGGUGUAGCUGAAAGAAUUGCUAGGCAAAGGGCUGGAGGUGUUCGCAGUGUCGAAGAUGAAGUCGUACCAAAGGAGCCGAAAUUUUUAGCCAAGGUUCGCAAUCGGGAGAGAGGUGGUAGGGAUGCGUUUCGACCAUCGAAGAAAACGAACCCUUUUUCUCUUGGCGUCACUCUGGGGGAUAUAUUGCUUAAAGUACCAAAUAGAGGUGCAGGUCCACAGUCAUGGGCGAGACCUGAGCCUAAGCGACCAGCUGGGUUUGACAAUAAAUCGUUUCCAAUGUGAUUAAUAAAUGACUAUGUUUUUAUGCGUCAAAGUUUCCUUAGUGCA